GCUUGACCCAGAAAGAACUUUGAGAUAAACUAUUGCAGAGGGACAAACAGGAGACACUUGCCCUGAUAGCAACUGCUGGCUGAAGCCAACCACACACCCGAUCAGCAGAGGCACGAUUAGAUAAGGACCGAACUUGGUCCCACCCUGCAGGUAUUAAUGCGAGCUCUCCGCACACCUGGGCCCUUCCAGCUCUGGGCCAUCAGGAUGCUCCUGCCCCUGGGGCUGCUCUUUGCUGCCCUGUCCUUGGGAAGCUGCAUCCCCCUGCAGCGGGCGCCCGGCCGCAGCAAACUGCUCCUGGUGUCCUUCGAUGGCUUUCGCUGGAACUACGACCAGGACGUGGACACCCCCAACCUGGACACCAUGGCUGCAGACGGGGUGAAGGCCAAGUACAUGAGCCCUGCCUUCAUCACCCUCACCAGCCCCUGCCACUUCACGCUGCUGACCGGGCGGUACCUGGAGAACCACGGGGUGAUCCAUAACAUGUGGUUUGACACCAAAACCGGCGUGAAACUGCCCUACUACACCACACAAGGCAUAAGCAGCUGGUGGGACAACGGCAGCCUCCCCAUCUGGAUCACUGCCCAGAGACAGGGUUUGAAGACAGGCUCCAUCCACUUCCCUGGAACCAAGGCGAAAUACCAAAAGGAAGAAGUGUACAAGAAGCUGGUGGAACCCGCGUUGUUCAACUACAGCAACGAAACCAAGUGGCGGCAGAGCAUCGACACCGUCAUGGAAUGGUUCACAGCGGACAACCUCGACUUCAUCACGCUCUACUUCGGGGAGCCAGACUCCUCAGGACACAAGUUUGGCCCUGAAUCCACACAGAGGAAGAACAUGAUCGCGCAGGUGGACAGAACUGUCGGUUACCUGAGGCAGCGCAUCAGGGAAAGCGGCCUGGAGUCCAAGCUGAACCUCAUCAUCACAUCCGACCACGGCAUGGAGACCGUGCUGAAAACCGACGAGAUCCACCUGCGCACCGUCAGCAACUUCACCUUCAAGGACAUCGACUUCGAGCUCCUAGAUUAUGGACCCAACGGACUCCUGGUGCCAAAGGAGGGGAAACUGGAGCACGUGUACUCAGUCCUGAAAAGCGCCCACCCAAAGCUGCACGUUUACAAGAAGGAAGAGUUCCCAAAGAGGUUCCACUACGCCAACCAUUCCCGGAUCACCCCACUUUUGCUGUACAGCGACCCAGGCUACGUGAUCCACGGGAGGUACAAGGUCCAGUUCAAUAAAGGGGAGCACGGCUUUGACAACGAGGCCAUGAACAUGAAAACCAUCUUCCGCGCCGUGGGACCCGCCUUCAAGAAGGGGCUGGAGGUGGAGCCCUUCGAAAGCGUCAAUGUCUACGCCCUCCUCUGCGAGCUGCUGAGCAUCACCCCCGAGCCCCACGACGGCUCCCUGGAGGUCACCAAGCCCAUGCUGAGGGAACCCACCGACGGUGACAAUGGCAAUGGCAACGGCAAUGGCAAUGACAAUGGCAACGGUAACGGCAAUGGCAAUGGCAAUGGCAAUGACAAUGGCAAUGAAAAUGACAAUGACAAUGGCAGCAAUGGUAAGCAGUGGGAGUCAUGGGGGACAGUGGGAGGGCAGCAGGCACCGGCAGUGACAGUGGGUACCGGGAACAGCAACAGGCACCAGAAGUGGCAAUGGGCACUGGGAGCGGCACUGGGCACCGGGGGCGCCACGGGGCACCGGGGGCGGGACUGGGCACCGGGAGCGGCACCGCGCGCGCUCCGCUCCGCCGGGAUUCCCGCGGGAACAGCGACGCCUGGCGGCCGCCGCCGCUCCCGCCACCGCCCAGCGGCUCCGGGGCACCGGGCCGUGCCCCCCUCCCCAUCCCCGCCGCCCCCUCCGCCGCUUGGCCCCCGAGCUCGGUAA